GAGAGGGUUUUCUCCGUUAUGGUGGGCUCACCUUUUAGGGCUGUUGGCCCCAGAGUGAGCUUCGCUUGUGGGGACGUGCUGAGAAUCUAACGACACCCGGUGUUUAGUGUAUUUCACGGUUACGUAAGGACAGCCGGUCUCCCUCACGAGCGCGGGGGUAGUUCCCACUCGAAACUCGCACGCCAGCGCCACGCACAGGCGGGUGAUGGGAUGGCCGACCCUGCGGUGCGCAGGCGCACUAGCCCAGGUGGUUCCCUGAGACAUUUGUGGCGCCAGCCGGGGCUCGCGGGAGACAGAGGGCCGCCGUAAAGGCGGACGGGCCCGGCCCUGGCUCCGGUCCUAGUUCGGGAUGCGGUACAACGAGAAGGAGCUGCGGGCGCUGUCCAGGCAGCCGGCUGAGAUGGCAGCCGAGCUGAGCAUGCGGGGUCCUAAGAAGGGGAGCGUGCCCAAGCGGCGGCUGGUGAAGUUGGUGGUCAACUUCCUGUUCUACUUCCGCACGGACGAGGCCGAGCCCCUUGGAGCCCUGUUGCUGGAGCGGUGCAAAGUGGUCCAAGAAGAGCUCUGCGUCUUCUCCAUCAGCUUCCUGGAGGACCCUGAGAGGAAGUAUCACUUCGAGUGCUGGAGCCAAGAGCAGUGCCAGGAGUGGACGGAGGCUUUGCGCAGGGCCAGCUAUGAGUACAUGCGAAGGAGCCUCAUCUUCUACCGGCAUGAGAUCCAGAAGAUGACAGGCAAGGACCCGCUGGAGCAGUUUGGGAUCUCCGAGGAGGCCAGAUUCCAGCUGAAGAGCCUUCCUAGGGAUGGGUGGACAGCUUGCCUAGACUCCCAGCCAGACACGCUGAACUGACCCUUACCUGGUCUCCAAGCCACCCUGGGUUUUCCUAUGGGGAGUUGUUCAGGCUUAGACACCCCGAACCCAAGUCCUGGAAUACACAGGUCUGCCAUCUCCGUGCUACUGCCCACACCCUGGGACUGAACCUGGUGCGGCUCUUCAGUACCAGCUGAAUGUACAAAGCUAGGCGAAGCUGUGAAUGAUGAGGGGUCCCCCUCAGCCAGCCAUGAACCCCACUGAUGGGGCAGGCUACUGCACCAAGCCUGCCCUGUAAUAAAGGUACCUCUUUUCCAAA